CUACAAGGGUAUGAGUUGGGAAGUUUGAUUCCAUUGCAUUAUUAUCAUGAUCGCCCUUGACCCUAUUCUGAAGAAGGCAUAUUGGUCAUUAGCCAGUCUUGGAGGCAUAUACGCGGUUUUCAUCAUCGCCCUGCUCAAUCCAUGGAUACAGCACCACGCGCUUUAUGCGCAUAAGAUCCAUAGCGGCUUCUGGCACGACCUCAACCAACCAGAAUCAUUUGGAUUUGCUAGAAACCAGAUCACCCCCUUCAAUCUGUCGACGCCUGAUGGAGAGACUCUCUAUUGCUGGCAUAUAUUGCCAAUAGAUGCAUACGCUGCCCAUGAACGAGAGAUCACCAGAGCACCAGGCGGGCCGGCAGACAACUUCACCACCACUGUUGGCUACAAGCUCCUCAAAGAAGACCCAGAGAGCCGUAUCGUCAUCAACUUCCACGGUAACGCCGGCCACCUCGCCCAAGGCUGGCGCACUUCAACUUACAGCGCCCUCGCCUCCCUCCCCCACACGCACACCCUCGCCUGCGACUACCGCGGCUUCGGCUUCUCCACCGGCCGCCCCUCAGAACCCGGCAUCCUCACAGACAGCAUCGCCCUCACCCACUACGCCCUCACGUCCCUCGCGCAGCCAGCCUCACGCACUGUCCUCCUUGGCCAAUCCCUCGGCACAUCCGUAGCAGCCGGCGUGGCGCUGCACUUCUCCUCCCCCUCCACCCUCGAGCUCCCCUUUUCCGUGACCAGGCCGGCGGAAACGCUCCCGCCGCAGUCGUUUGCUGGCAUCGUGCUGAUUGCGUCCUUCCCGUCGCUGCCGGAGCUACUCACGUCGUAUCGAAUUCGCGGCGUGCUGCCUAUCCUCGCACCGCUAAGGCCGUACCCGAGAAUCGGGAAAUACGUAGAAAAGUGGAUCGUGGAUACGUGGCCGACUGCUGCGCGGCUGACGGCGCUGGUGGCGGCUGCGAAGGAGGAGAAGCUGGGGCUGCGGUUGUCGGUGUUGCAUGCGCGGGAUGAUCCGGAUAUCAACUGGAAGCUCGGCGAGAAGGUGUUUGAGGCUUUGGAGAAGGAGAUGCUGAGAGGCGGGCAGGUAGCGCAGACGGAGGAGCGGCGGAGCGUGAUAGGGGUUGAUCGGGUGAGUAGGGGCGCGUUUGUGUAUCGUGCGGUGGAGGAUGUGGUGGUGGGUGGGGCGGAUGAGGAGGGCGCUGGAGGCAGGGGGAGGUUUGUGGAGCUGGAGAUUGUGAGGUAUGGAGGACACAACCGUGUGGUGACGUACACGCCCGUCAUGCUUGCCGUCAAGAGAGCUUUCGCAUCUGUCUAGACGACGCGCUGAAUUCGACCUCCAUCUUUGAUAUCAAUAUCGCGAGCCUGGAAAUCAGCCUAUCGAAGGCCCCCAGCCUAUCUUAGACCUUAGACUCGUAUUACCAUAGACCUUGCACCUGGUUCUCACCUUGUAGAUAAUCACAUUCCGAUUUGAAGUCCAGUUCCCCU